GGUUUAUUUUGUUUAAGUGUUUUAUUAAGUAUUCAAGACUUGACAUCAUAUUAACACGUAGAUCACAAUUAAUAUGUAUAAAUAUUUUUUAUUAGCCAUUGUCGUUUUAACGUCUAAAUCAGCCGGACAGCACAGUAACGAACAAAUCGAUCACUCUUACUUCAUGGUCAGCGACCAAAGCAAUCUGCGUCUAAAUGACGGGUAUACAGAUGUUUUUUUAGUUGUUGACGGAGAACGAUUGCCCGCUCAUCGUAGUGUAUUAGCCUCACGUAGUGAUUAUUUUAGGGCCUUAUUAUAUAAUGGUCUUAAAGAAACCGACGAUUCAGAGGUAAAAAUUAGUGAAGUAUCAGUUACCUCAUUUAAAAUACUCCUUCAGUACAUCUAUACCGGUCGGAUGAAUUUAAGUAUGCUCGAGAAUGACGUGGUUUUGGAAUUAUUUAGUAUUUCGCACUUAUAUUGUUUAUCAAACUUACAUUUUUCACUGUCCCAGUAUUUACGCCAUCACAUUAUUGUACAAAAUGUAUGUUAUUUGUUUGUUAUGGCUCGAAUUUAUCAAUACAAAGAGCUCGAAAAUGAUACACUGGACUUUAUCGACAAUCGCGCUACUGAGGUGUUGCAAUAUGAAGAUUUCCUAUCUUUGUCGGCCGAAGUAAUACAAGUCAUUCUCAAUCGUAGCACGGUGUGUGCUAAUGAAUUGGAUAUAUUCCGCGCGGUUUGUCGCUGGAUCGAAAACAACCAAGCCGAUCUAGAUCCUGAUGCCCAAAACCAAAUUUUAUCUGCCGUCAGAUAUGUAUUAAUGAGCGAUGAAGAACUGUCUGAAGUUAGGCGAUCAGACCUGGUUAGUUUGGAUACACUUUCGGCUGCCAAGCAAUUAAGAAACACGUGGCCACCAGAUAUGCUUCAAUUUCGAGGACAGCUAAAACCCAAUGAGAAUAUCAUUUAUCGUACUCAAGGUUUUGAAGUGGUUAAUGAAAUUGACGGCAGUGUUAUGAUAAAGUUAGGUCAUCCAUCAGUCGUAAACUAUAUUGAAAUAACGUUAUGGAAAGGAGUUUCAAAGUAUUUCUCUUAUUACAUUGAAGUUUCAAUGGAUCAGCAAAAUUGGAUGCGUGUUAUAGAUCAUUCAAAUUAUGAUUGUCGAUCAAAUCAACGUUUGUGGAUUCAACCACGUAUAGUUAAGUAUAUACAAAUUUUUGGCACCAAAGGUACUGCUAAUGCAACAUUUAAAUUUUGGAAAGUCAUGUACAAUAUGGGUGAAAUGCAUAUGGUAAAAAUCAACAACGGAUUUGUGGUUCCUAAAUAUAAUGUCGCUUCAAAAUAUUAUAAGAAUGCAUGUAUAAUCAAAGGAGAAUGUGAUAUAAUGUUAGAUGACGUUUAUAAAAACCGUGAUGGUCACUUUUAUACACAUCAUCCGAUGGAACUAAAUCAUUUUAUAUUGGUUCAACUUGCACAACCAUAUCUACUUAGUUCAAUGAGGAUGCGGCUCUGGGACCAUGACGAUCGAGUUUACAGUUACACAAUAGAAGUUUCUGUUAAUAAUCAAGAUUGGAAAAUGAUCGUAAACAAAGCUAAUGAGCUGACCCAGUCUUGGCAGCUAUUGCAAUUUAAACCCACGAUGAUAGUGUAUAUUCGCAUUACUGGCGUUUACAGUUCAGUAGGACAUGAUUUUCGUUGUGAAUACUUUGAGGCUCCCGCUCAAGUAAUGCUAGGUCCAAACGUCGUUGAAGACGAUUGUGUGGAGAACAACGACACAGAUAUUACGAUGGCAGAACCAUCGGCUUAAACUCCAGUCGUUACAACGAAUUAAAGAUAUUAUUAUUAAAUUCAAUUUUCC